UAUAUAGAAAAAAAUCAUAUAUGAUCAAAGAAUACGAUUAUUUGUUCAAGCUAGUCAUCAUUGGUAAUUCUGGAGUUGGAAAGAGUUCUUUAUUAUUGAGAUUUGCUGAUGAUUAAUUUAGUGAGUCUUAUUUAACUACAAUCGGAGUGGAUUUUAGAUUUAGAACAUUGCCUAUUGAUGGUAAGAAUGUGAAAUUACAGAUUUGGGAUACUGCUGGAUAAGAAAGAUUUAGAACAAUUACAAGCGCAUAUUAUAAGGUUAUUAAUUCAACUAUUAUAUUUAUUAGGGAGCAGAUGGGAUUGUUAUGGUAUAUGAUGUUACUUAAGGACAAUCUUUUGAUGACAUAGAUAAGUUUUGGUUACAUGAAGUUGAAUCAUAUGGAGAAAAGAAUGUUUAAUUGUUAGUAAUUGGAAAUAAGAAUGAUUUAGAUGAAUAGAAAUAGUAAGUUUAUGUAAUAUCAUUAUAAAAGAGUUGAUAGUGCUAAAGCAUAAGAGUAUUGUAAAUCACAUAAUAUGUUAUUUAUGGAAUGUAGUGCAAAGACAGCAGAUCAUGUAAAUAAUGCAUUUCUUGAACUCUCGAGAAAGUUGAUGGCUAAGAAGGAUGCUUCACAACCACCAAAAUCUUCCAAUCCUACACCAAGUGGUUCUCAAUCCUCUUAAGCUAAAUCAGGAGGGUAUAUAUAUUUUUUUAAUUUUAUUUAGAUCUUAUAAUACAAACACAUAAUAAACCAAACUUAGUGCUAAUACAUCAAGUCAGAAAAAAUAAAAAGAUGGAGGAUGCUGUUGAUUAUUCUAAUC